AUGGCCAGUGCCGGGCCCGUUCGGCGCUCGCCCCGCCUGGAGACCGCUGCAAAGGCGAAAGCCGAGGCCAAAGCCAAGGCGGAGGUCUCCGAGGUGGAGGCAAAGGCACUGAAGGCACAGAAGCCCAAAACACAGCCGAAGCCGAAGCUGUUGGCGAAGGCCAAGGCCAAGGCUUUCUUGGCCAAGGAGCUCCGCCCGCGGCCCGUCCCACCUGCCCGGACCGUGCAGCCAUUGCGGCCCUCGCGGCCUACGGGAUCUGGCCCAAAGUCGGCCAAGGUGCAAGACCUUGAAGAGGACGACUUCAAGGACGAAGACUACGAGGACUGCCAGCCCAUCGCCAGGACAGCCGCUAGGCCCGCUAAGUCCAUAGCGAAGGCCGUGGGGAAUCCAGUCGCUAAAGCAGCUGCCAAAGCCACGGUGAAGGCCAAGGCCGCAAAGGCUAAGGCAAAGGCGAAGGCCAAGGUGCUGGGGAGGCCAAAGCUGCCUGCAAGGCCCUCAGCCCUGAGACGGCCUCAGAAGGAGCUACCGGAGGAACCGGAAGAUGAGGACCACGCUGAACAUCAGGUGGUCCAGGAGGAUUGGGGUCCGUGGCUCUCCUCCAACAGGCUGAACGUGAAGUCACUCCAGCCGCAAGUUGCGGAAGCCAAGGCAAAGUCUCAGAAAAGGAAGGCAGUUGCAGUGGCUGCACCAGCCAGAAGUCUUCCAGCAAAGGGGGGCAAGGGCAAGUUCCAGAAUCAUCUUGCAGCUAAGCCUAAAGAUGAGAUCGACAGCAUCGACAGCUUGACAACUGAUGCGCGCGUCAAGUCGGCCAAGCCCACAGCCAAGUCCUCGGAAUCUUCGGAGUGGUGGGCUCUGCCUGAGGUCUGUGUGGAAAAGCCCGAGGAGUUGCCCGAGCCAGCCCAGGCAACAUCGCAGGCGGUAUCUCAGGCUAGCGAGCCCGUAGCCAAAGGCCCUGAAGGGGGAUGCGAGCCUGAUGCCGUGGACGUGUCUUUAAUCUCUGAGGCUUCCGUGCAGGAGGAAGCACCAGAGACGCCUGGCCCCGGCGAGGUGUUACCAGGGUCGUCGAAGAAGGUCUUGGUCUGUGGAGAUCUCAAAGGUGAGCUCCAACUUCUGCAGCGAACCUUAGAGGACCUCAAGGAGUCUGGCUCAGAGGUGGAGCUCGUCUUCGCGGUUGGAAAAUUUCUGCCGGCAAAGCAGGAGAUGCCCUUGGAAGAGUUUGAGAGUCUAUGUGCCGAGACGCAGAUGUCUUGCCCUGUCUACUUCAUUGAGUCCCACUCAGAGGAUUUGAUCUCAAAGUCUCUGAGCUCCAAGACUGCUCUGAAGCUUGGCCCGCAGAUCUCUUAUCUUGGGGCUUGUGGCGUGGCCGAGAUAGAGGGCUUGACUGUGGCUUUCCUAUCGGGCAAGUACGAUCCGAGCAACUUCAGGAGGGUAUGGGGCGAGAGUGUUUUCCUGCCACCUGAUGGCUGUGGCGAGGGCCGCCACUACACGGAGAAUGCUGUGAAGCAGCUGAAGCACGAGGCCUCAAGCGCUGGCAACGUCGAUGUCCUGCUUACUUCGGAAUGGCCAGACAAGUUCUGGUCCACGGCAGCAAAGAGCGAGGCCACCAAUCCUGUUGACCGCUCGCAUCGCAGCCCGGCCGUUCAGGACCUCUUCUUCCAACUGAAGCCUAGGUAUCAUGUCCACGCGAGCGCCAAUUCGUACAGGCUGAGGAAGGCGAACCAAGGGCCCUACAAAUUUGUCUCCACGUCCAUUGGCCUCUGCGAUGCCUGGGCAGAUAGCGAUGCGGAGGCGCUUCCCGAGGAGAGCCGCAAGUGGUUCCACUUGAUGUCCAUGCGAGCAAACUGUCCUGAGAAGUUCUCCCUGGUCGAUGAGGCCGCACCUCGCAAAGUAACGUCACAAGCACGCCAGGCCAAGUGA